AUGUCUAAUAGUCCUCGCGCCCUUUUCAACGGGCUAGACAUGACAACCCCGCUCUGGCCCCCAUUCAACAACUGCAUAACCCCCAGAGCUGCCUUCGCCCUCGGUGUACAAUACGUCCGCGAAUACCUACUCUCCAUCUCGCGGAAACCAAAACUCGGCUACAACGGGCCUGCGCUCUCCCACUUCUACGUACAAACCCUAGUCCUGAAAAUCCCGCGCUUGCGAAUCCUGGGCGUCGAUUCUUCGGUUGCAGAAGCAGCCUGCGUGCAAAUCUUUCCAGGAUGGCGCGGUUGUGAUGUUACGGGCGCUGUAUAUAGGCGAGUUCGAGUAUAA